GCAGAGAGGGGCUCAGAGAGGGAGGGUGGGGUCGCGUGGUUCAAACGCUCCCAGGUCGGCUGCCCGCCCGGCCCGGAGAACCCCGAGGCUCUCCGCAGGGCAGCCGCAUCGGGACGGCGCGCACCACGCGCGUCCGCGCCCGCGCCCCUAGCCCGCACGCAGGGCGGCCUGGCCCUUUAAGCGUCCAGACGGCGGCCCCAGCUGACGCGCGGGCUCCAAUCGGCGCCCCGCGCCCCCCGCCCGCCGCGCCCGAGGCUCCCGGGCCGCAGCUGCUCGGCCGGGACUCGCCGCGGCCCUGCGCCUCCGCCCGCUCGCCCGCCCGCCCGGCCGCGCCCCCGGGGCCAUGGUCGCGGGGGCGGCCCCCAGCGCGGCGCUUCAUGGGGCGGCCCGGGCCCGGGCCCGGCCGCCGGGGGCAGCGCGAUCCUGCGGGGCCCUGUGAGCUCCCAGCGCCGCGGCACCAUGUUGCUGGUUGAGAAGACUACAGACUCCCCGGCGGCAGAGUUCUCGCUGGUGGAGGACGUGGCCCUGCACUUCGCCUGCUUGAUGGGCCGCCUGAAUGAGCAGCGCCUCUUCCAGCCGGACCUGUGUGACGUGGACCUGGUGCUGGUGCCCCAGCGUAGCGUGUUCCCCGCGCACAAGGGGGUGCUGGCUGCCUACAGUCAGUUCUUCCAUUCGCUCUUCACGCAGAACAAGCAGCUGCAGCGGGUCGAGCUGUCUCUCGAGGCGCUGGCGCCCAGCGGCCUGCAGCAGAUCCUGAACUUCAUAUAUACGUCCAAGCUGCUGGUGAACGCGGCCAACGUGCACGAGGUACUCAGCGCGGCCUCGCUGCUGCAGAUGGCGGACAUCGCAGCCUCCUGCCAGGAGCUGCUGGACGCUCGGUCCCUGGCGCCCUCGGGCCCUGUGGCCCUGGCGCAGCCAGCUGCCAGCUGUGCCCCAGUGCCUCCGCCGCCGCCCUACUACUGUGACAUCAAGCAGGAGGCAGAUACCCCCGGCCUACCGAAGAUCUACGCCCGAGAAGGCCCUGACCCCUACUCUGUGCGCGUGGAGGACGGGGCCGGGACCACUGGGGACUCUGCUGCUCCAGGGCCAGCACAGCCACUGCUCUUCAAGGAGGAAAAGGAAGGGACCCCUGAGGAGGCCGAGCCGCCUGGUAGCCUGUGCAAGCUAGAAAGUGGAGAGGGACUAGAACGGGAAUUGGGUGCCUCGGGCAACUAUGGGCGCCAGGAGCAGUCUCAAAUCAUUGUGGAGGUGAACCUCAAUAACCAAACCCUGCAUGUGUCCACUGGGCCUGAGGGCAAACCGGGCUCUGGGGCCACCGUGGUGCUUGGCCAGGAGGAUGGGAUGCAGGAACAUUCAGAAGAAGAGGAGGAAGGAGGAGGUAGUGGAAGGGGAGAGGAGGAGGAGGAAGAGGAAGAAGAAGAAGAGGGAGGCAGCCAGGGAGAGGAGGAAGAUGAGGAAGGGCCCAGUGAGCAGGAGGAUGACGAUGAAGCAGAUGGGCCCAGUGAGCAGGAUGCAGAGAGUUCGGAGGAGGAGGGGGAGACUGAGAGCAGGCAGGACCCUGCGGGUCCAGCAGGGUGUCAAGGUGGCCAGGUGGACCCUCCGCUGCACAGCAGAAUGUCCACACGGUCCCGGGGGCAAAACGCUCAGCACCGAGCUACCCCCGAGCCGGAGGAGGCUAGGCGCAGAGGCGGGAAGAAGCCCAAGGCCUCUGGAGCUGUUCCUGCCACCCAGGCAGCUGACGGACUGGGGGCCAAGGUGAAGCUGGAGGAGAAACAGCAGCACCCGUGCCAGAAGUGCCCCCGGGUCUUCAACAACCGCUGGUACCUGGAGAAGCACAUGAACGUGACGCACAGUCGUAUGCAGAUCUGCGGCCAGUGCGGGAAACGCUUCCUGCUGGAGAGUGAGCUGCAGCUGCAUCGGCAGACGGACUGCGAGCGCAACAUCCAGUGCGUAACGUGUGGCAAAGCCUUCAAGAAGCUCUGGUCCCUGCAUGAGCACAACAAGAUCGUGCAUGGCUACGCGGAGAAGAAGUUCUCCUGCGAGAUCUGCGAGAAGAAGUUCUACACCAUGGCGCAUGUGCGCAAACACAUGGUUGCCCACACCAAGGACAUGCCCUUCACCUGUGAGACCUGUGGGAAGUCCUUCAAGCGCAGUAUGUCUCUCAAGGUGCACUCGCUGCAGCAUUCCGGGGAGAAGCCUUUCCGCUGUGAGAACUGCAAUGAACGCUUCCAGUACAAGUACCAGCUGCGCUCACACAUGAGCAUCCACAUCGGUCACAAGCAGUUCAUGUGCCAGUGGUGCGGCAAGGACUUCAACAUGAAGCAGUACUUCGACGAGCACAUGAAGACACACACAGGGGAGAAGCCAUACAUCUGUGAGAUCUGUGGCAAGAGCUUCACCAGCCGGCCCAACAUGAAGCGGCACCGGCGCACGCACACGGGAGAGAAGCCCUACCCGUGCGACGUGUGUGGCCAGCGCUUCCGCUUCUCCAACAUGCUGAAGGCACACAAGGAGAAAUGUUUCCGUGUCAGCCACCCACUGCCCAGCGACCCCGCCACCCUGCCCACCACACACCUGCAGCCCACAGCCCCCCUCUUCCCCACUGCAGCUCCCAGGCUGGACACCAACUGACACCCAGCACAGGCCCUCCUGGCCAGGGACAGCAGAAACACAGGCUGGGGGCUGUGCUGCGGCUGGAUACCCCUGGUACAUGAUGCUGGGAGCCCCCUUCUGCGGCUCUUUGCAAAUUCUACUCCUUAUCUUUGGGAGUAAGGAACAGAGGGGGACUGGUUGGCCACACCCCUCCAGGCGAGGGGUGCUAGAGGCAGCAGAUGCAGGCCAGGAGCCAGGCAGGGCCUGGGUCAGCCUCAUCUGCUCCACCCCAGCUUCCCUGUGCCCCUAACUUACUCCCUAGGAUGGGAGGUUUUGGGGAGAAUUUGGGUGCACCCCUGUUGAAGGAAGGCCUGUAGCCAGGGAGGCCUGGCAGGGUAGGGCAGAGGCAGGAGAUAAAGGCUGCAGACCCCUCUGCGUGGUACAGAGUGGAGCAGGUGGGGGCUGGCCCCCAUGGGUUUCUUUUCCUAGUCACAUCCCUGUCAGGCAGGUUCAGGGAUCCUCAGCCUGGGCUGGACUUUUAAAGAGCCCCAAAUCCUGGAAGGAACCUCUCCAGGUGCUGGGGACCAAGCCUUCAGGGGGUGGAGAAGCUAAAUCCCCAGCCCCAGCUUCCAGGGGUCCUGCAGGAGAAUGAGAUGACAGGGGUGGGCCCCCCAGGAGCCUCAGGCAAGCAGUUCAGGGUUUCACGGUGCUAUCUGUGGGUCAAGGGACAGGGAGCUAGCUGUCCACAGGGCACCCCUGUCCCUUACCAGCCUGCCUGGCUGGACUCUCCCACCAGGAGACACGUGCAUCUGUGUCUGCUCCCCAGAGGCCCACAUGAGGCCUCUCUUCUCCUGGGGCCUCUGGCUGGCUCCUGGUCCCUCCUGCACUCCGCACUGUCUGGUGUGCCGCAGUUCAGCCAGGGAGAGAAGCCAGUGGGAGCAGGGAGCUCAGCCAGUGCCCAGUGCUUGCCCUUGUGAGGCAGGCACUAAUAGGUGACCUUAUUCCUGUGUUUGGAUGGGAGAGAGUUUCCAUAAGCUGCGGUUCCUCGUCCCAAUCUCCCUCUGUUCAUAAGCUUCUGUUCCUUACACUCUGCACCUUAUUCCUCCCCAUCACCGCCUUCCCUUCCCAGCAUGGGCACACUGGGAAGAGGCCUGUGCCCGCCAGUCACCGGUGGAGGGUGCCACACCCCUCCGACCUCAGAGGCCCAUGGCGUUGGGACAGAGGGCUGGGGACAUUUUAAUCAUCAAUAAACGAAGCACUUUAUUCUGUA